UGAGAGUUACAUGGUGGAAGGAGCUCUGAAGAAACACAAAGCCUCUCAUCACUGAACAUACAAACUUUCACUUUCAUUUCUUUCUUCUCUGUCAUGGCAUCUGCUGACUUGAGAGACGAGUUGACCUGCUCCAUCUGCCUCAACAUUUUUAGAGAUCCCGUAACCUUGAGAUGUGGACACAACUUCUGCCUGGUCUGCAUUGAUCGUGUUUUGGAGACACAAGAGGGUUUGGGAGUUUAUAGCUGUCCUGACUGCCGAGUGAGAUUUACGGAACGUCCUGCUCUUCAAGCUAACAAAACCCUACGAAACAUUGCUGAACAUUUCAUGCAUUUUCGGCCUGAGGAGGUGGAAGGAUCUGUUUUUUGCACAAACUGUAUUACCUCCCCAGUCACUGCAGUUAAAUCGUGUCUCCAUUGUGAAGCUUCUCUGUGUAACAACCAUCUGAAGGUCCAUAGCAAGUCCCCAGAACAUGUCUUAUGUGAGCCCACCACUAACUUCAGCAAAAGAAAAUGCUCCUUGCACAACGAGGUCCUCAAGUAUUUCUGUUCUAACGACCGCAAGUGCAUCUGUGUCACCUGCUGCUUAAUUGGCGAUCAUAGAGGACACAAGGUGGAACCUCUUAAUAAAGCUUCUCAAAAUAAGAAGGCUACGCUGAAAAAUAUUCUGAAGAACCUGUCCACAUUAUUCCAGGAGACUGAAGAAAAGCUGCAGAAGAUGCAGAAAUGCAGGAGGGAAGUCCAAGAAAAAGCAAUGGACAUAAAGGAGAAAGUCUCUAAUCUGUUUUCAGACAUCAUAAGACACUUGGAAAUCCUGGAGAACAAAGUCCAGGCUGAGGUUUCCCGGCAGGAAAACCAGGUCUCUGAUAUGAUUCGGCAUCUGGAGAUACAAAAGAAUGAGCUCUCCUUGGUCGUAUGCCACAUUGAGGACCUGUGUAACAUGGCAGAUCCAUUAACCCUCUUACAAGAAUGUGUUUCCUUUCAGUUUCAUCCCUCGGAAGAAACGGGCAACGAGGUUAAAGACGACGUUGAUGAUGAAGGGAGCUAUGUGGGAGAUAUGGAUGAAGGUCUGAUCUCUGAGACGUUGCACACGGGACUGUCCGACAUCAUGUCUUUUGUAAAGAGACAGGUCUAUGUCAAGGAGAACUGGUACACACACCUGGAUGAGGACACGGUGGCCAACAACCUUCUGUUAUCCAUCGACAAGAAGUCUGUGUUUUGGACCCACAAAUUACCAGAUAUGGGACAUGUCCAAUUGCCGGUCAGGUUUCAAAAUUGUUCGCAGGUGUUAAGCUUGGAGAGUUUUUGUUCCGGGCAUCACUACUGGGACAUCGAGACCAGCAAACAUGGAGAAUGGAGGCUGGGGGUCUCUUAUUCUACCAUCGAAAGGUCUGGAGACCGCUCAUAUUUGGGAUGUAACAACAAGUCCUGGUGUUUGUGCCGAUCCAACAACAAUCAGUAUUCUGUGGUGAACGACAACCAAGAAACAAAACUGAGUCCAGGCGUUUCCCAUCAGAAGUUCCGGAUCUAUCUGGACUGCCAUGACGGUCGGGUGUCCUUUUACGAGCUGCGCUCCCCCAUCAGACACUUGUACACGUUCUCCGCCGAGUUCUCCGAGCCCCUCCAUGUAGCCUUCUAUGUAUGUGGGUUCAAUACCUUUAUAAGGAUCAGCUAUUAGGUUCCAGGUUACGGGUCCAUGGGUAGGGACUGCUUGGACAGGUCCUUGCCGUCAGUGACUGGAACGAUUAUGGUUUACAACCUACAGACCUCUAUGAACAUUAUUUUUUAUUUAAAUGUCCUUCUUCUGUGUUAUAAGAUGAUCACCCAACAUAAUAGGCCUAAAGCCUGAGGCUGUACUACUGAGAGAUUCUGAUAGCAUGGGACUCCAUGUGGUUUCGGUUCAGCACAUGGUUUUGCGAUAAGAUGAACAAUAGUCUACCCCCCCCUUCCAUACGCAUUAGAUGGUUGGCCGGUCCUGGUGACAUUGGCCCCCACCUUGUGAGGAUCCAAAUCACCAUCUACAUCAAUGUCAAGAUCCUGCUUGGUGUGAACAAUCACUGAUAGCUGUGUAGAUGUGUGGACAUAGAUACCAAUGAGGUCUCCAAGAACUUACCAGAUUAGAAGAGGACCUGUUGUGUCUCAGUGGUGCAGUCCUAGGGUUCUGGCCUUCUAGAGAUUGCAUCAUAGCUAAGAGGGAAGAUAUCAGAAAGCCGAUUUAACACAUUUAAUAUACAAGAAAGGGACUUUUUUAAAAAUUUAUUUAUUCUCGUUGCAAAUGGAUCUCGCUUAAUGUGGGCACCCAUGGGCACCCAUGGGUGCUCUGACCG